AGGAAAACAAGGCAAAGUGCGAGCGAAGCAAACUGAGGGACAGAGCGAGAGUUGAGAAGUGAAAGUGAAAUGAAAGCAGCAAUUUCUUCUUUGAUAUCUUCCAAGAAUCUUAACUUUCACUGCUCUCGGACCACUCUUCUCCACUCAAAGCCCGUCUUCCCUCGCUCCCCUUCCUUCCUCUCUCCCACACCCACCAAGACCCACCAAAUUCGCACCAAUUUCGACAAAACAUCUCGAAUCCACACCACCCAUUUCUCUUCGAUAAUGGCAUCCUCGUACAAGCCCGAACAAGCCCGGGCCCCACCGGCCCUUUCCUUGCCCGCUCCUCCCGUCACCAAGUUUAAGAUCGGGCUUUGUCAACUGUCGGUGACGCCGGAUAAGGAGAGGAACAUUGCCCAUGCUCGUAAGGCCAUUGAGGAGGCCGCCUCAAAGGGUGCUCAGCUCAUUAUGCUUCCUGAAAUAUGGAACAGUCCAUAUUCAAAUGAUUCCUUCCCUGUUUACGCGGAAGAUAUUGAUGCCGGUGGUGAUGCAUCUCCUUCAACAGCCAUGCUUUCUGAAGUUGCUCGUCUUCUUAAAAUCACCAUAGUUGGUGGAUCUAUACCAGAACGUGUCAGGGAUAAGUUGUACAAUACUUGUUGCAUCUUCGGUUCUGAUGGAAAGCUUAAAGCUAAACACAGGAAGAUACAUCUUUUUGAUAUUGACAUCCCUGGGAAGAUUACCUUCAUUGAAUCAAAGACUUUGACUGCUGGCCAGAGUCCUACCAUUGUAGACACAGAAGUAGGGCGUAUUGGUGUAGGUAUCUGCUACGAUCUUCGGUUUCAGGAACUAGCUAUGAUUUAUGCAGCAAGAGGUGCUCACUUGUUAUGUUAUCCCGGGGCCUUUAACAUGACUACUGGACCAUUGCAUUGGGAGUUGCUGCAGAGAGCAAGGGCUGCGGAUAAUCAGUUGUAUGUAGCAACUUGUUCACCUGCUCGGGAUGCUGGAGCUGGUUAUGUGGCUUGGGGCCACUCCACCCUUGUUGGACCAUUUGGAGAAGUCCUGGCUACUGCAGAACAUGAAGAGACGAUAGUCAUAGCAGAGAUUGAUUAUUCAAUUAUUGAGCUUAGAAGGACAAACCUUCCCUUACAGAAGCAGCGGCGAGGCGAUCUUUACCAGUUGGUAGAUGUUCAAAGGUUGAAUUCUGAGUGACUGGAUCAGAGAUUUGCUAAAAGCCCUACUAUUCAACAAAGGGGUUUAAUUGAGAAAAGUUAUGUCCACAUAUAAUGAGAUUAUAUUGCUCUAUGGCUUUCAUUGAGAGGAAAAAAAAACAAAAAACAAAAACAAACAACAAAAAACAAAAACAAAGAUGUUAAUGUGGCUCUAUCUGGUUGUAUGACGAAGUUGCUUUGAAACAGUUAUCAGAAACUUGGAUUUUUCCACAGGCCUUGCUUAUACUUGUGCAAUAAAGGCUCAUUUUGUUGGAUUUUGCUGAUAUUAUUUGGCUUGUUGCAGCCAUUUC